UGAAGACAGUCCCUCAACAUGUGUUGUUAUAACAACAAGCCUUUAAACUUCAACAUGUGAUUGAACUUAUGGUGAUGUUUUGAAGAGUUUUCUUGAAUUGAGUUUUGCUAAUUUUUCUAAUUGAAUCCAUUUUUAAUAUUAUCUGAAUUGCUAUUUAAAUUUUGUGUUAAACAUGAAAGAAAUCAGUAUCUUAAAUGUUAUUGUAAAUAAAUCAAGCAGUAUUGUCCGGCAUGUUUUUGUUAAACCACUUGCUUCUGAUCCCGAAAAGAAAAGUGUAAUAUUUGUUAAUUUACCUUGUUUUUGUGAUCCUGAAUCAUUUAAGAAGUUGAUCGUAGAAAAAUUUGGAGAUGUAACACUAAUCACUUAUCAUUCGUCCAUUGAAAAAGUUGGUAUCGAUGAAAGUUCAUUUGACAAAGAAAAAUUAAGUCCUUUAAAUGGCCAUCGAGUUGCUGUUGUUCAUUUUAAAAAAAAGGCCAGCUACAAAGAAUUGUUUAAUUUCAUUGAAUCAGAAGAAAAUUUAUAUUUAUAUGGUGAUAGCAAACCAAUAACUGGAAUAAGAAGAUGGGAAAAAUGUUAUAACGAAUCUAUUUUAGAUGUUCAAUCAAUGAAAGAAGAGAUUGCGACAUAUAUUGCCGCUUAUGAUGCUAAGGUCCAAUUGGAGAAAGAACGGGCUAAGAGCAUGGAAGGAGUUCCUGAUGAAGAAGGCUGGAUCAAAGUUACUCGACACGGCAAAAAAUCAUUUUUACCAAAUAGUGAAUCUUUAGACAAGAAAAUAACAGACCAAAUGCGAAGGAAAAAGGCAAAAGUUGAAGGCUUUCCUUAUGUUAAUAAAAUUAAGCACAAUCCCUUUUGAUUAUUAA